AUGGAGCGCAGACUCUCCCAAAAAGCAGCGCAAAUGCGCCAACGCCUCUUCACUCGAACUUCAAGUUCUCGUGGCCGCGCAGCAACAAUGGCCUCCCCCGCUCCUGCAACAAGCACAGAGACAGAAAAAUCUACAUCCAAAUCUAGCAUUCGCUCCCGCUCAGCAACAACCCCCGUCUCUUCCAACCCAACCAUCCCAGCGUCGGACAACAUCGACAAAUCCCGACAUUACCAUUUCACAGACGAACCAGGGUACUACCAGCCCGCAACGCCAUUAAUCUCCCGACAAGAAAUCGAAGAAGACCUAGAAGACAACAUCAAACAUUCCUGCUGCCUACUAGUCGAAAGUAUUGAGCGCGGGCUCCCCAUCUGGCCCUCCUUUCAUAACGAUAACAAUAUGCAGCCCAACUUGGCCAAAGCUCCACAUGAAACACGCACAAAUUACCAGGACCAAAUGACCCAGUUAUCUCUUUCACCCGUCGCUCUGGAUAACUUAUUAAUCCCUCAAUCUGAUUAUACAUCAACAACGCACUGGGACUCCGUCCGACCAACCCCAUAUUCCCCACCAAGCAAAUAUGGCCAGCCAGCCCAGAAUAGUUUCGCCUCGGCAGGUACGGGCCGGUUCUACGGUCGUCGCCUCUCCACAUCCCCCGAGGCUCAAAUAGAUGAGAUGGAAGAGCAAGAUUACGAUCUCGAUGUCUCACGUGCUCGAGGCCGAAGCUUCGGUACAGAUACUACAUCCCCCCGAUCACGAUCACGAUCCCGCUCCUCCAGCCCGGGCUUCUUCCCAUACUCCCCACCUCAAAUGGACACAGCAUGGGGUCGCGACACGACUCAAAUCCUAGAACCAGAAGAACAACUCUUCGCUGGAGACGCUUUCCUCGGCGCAGAGGGAAUAACCUGGCUACGCGCAAGUCUAGAUCAAUCCGAUCGCCCCUGGCCCACAAGUACCGCGGCCCAAGCUAAAGAGUCAGAGUCAGACCGAGGCUGCAUGACAAGUACCCUUGGCACGGGGACGGGGCCGUGUCCCGGGUCCGGACCGGCCCCACGUCGCUUCUACAGUACGCGUCGAUCUAACCUGAAUCUGGGGAAACCGCAAUGGGAUGCAGUUGAGGUUCACGGAAGUCGUGAAUCGGGUCUUUAUCGAGGAUUAUCAAUGAGGGAUCUUUCGAUGGACGAGGAGAGGAAGCGGGCACAUGAGUUCUCGUAUCCUGUUUGGAUGGGAGAUUCUGAUGGUGAUGGGGAUGUUUUGGGUGAGCAGCAAACGUUUUAUAAUAUGGAUGAGAUACCGGCACGGCAUCGACGGAAGCGCGCGUCGGAGUUGUUGAAAAAGUUGACUGGAUUGGGGAUGAAAAGGAAGGAUGAUCUGGAGAGGAGGGCUGUGGAAAUUGUAUGA